UAGCGGAAACCCUGCACAUUUACGCUCCCCUGGCUCGGCUCUGUGCUUUUUAAACACCUCCUCCUCCCUCGGCGUACACCGCGGCUGAGUUCCUCCACUCUGCUCCUCUCUGACCCCCCUUCCUCUCACGCCAUCUCCUUCAGUGGCAGCAUAGCUACACAGGUAGCUUAGGAGAAACCGGCCAUGAGGCAAGGAGGAGGGGGAGCCGACGGGGUCAGCCCUGGAAACGUCCCAGUGUGCUACUACGGCCCCGCGGGGCGCGUGCCGGCCGCGCUGGAGCGGCGGUUGCGCGCCGCGGAGGCGUUCAUGCGGUGCGCGGCGUGCGGGCUCGCGGUGCUCGCCGCAGCGCUGCUCGGCGCCGACCGCCAGACCCGCGUCUUCUUCUCCGUCGAGAAGGUCGCCCGGUACACCGACAUGCAGUCCCUCGUAUUUUUGGUGAUAGCAAAUGGGAUGGCAGCGUGUUAUAGCCUGAUCCAGGGGGCAAGGUGUUUAGUGAACAUUCUGACAGGUGGUGUCCUCCUCAGUAGGCCCUUGGCGUGGGCUAUCUUCUCUUGUGAUCAGGUGAUGGCGUACUUGACGAUCUCGGCGGUGGCCGUGGCAAUGGAGGCGGCGCUCAUCGGCAAGUACGGCACGCCGCAGUUCCAGUGGAUGAAGACGUGCCACCUCUACAAGCGGUUCUGCGCGCAGGCCGGGGCCGCCGUGGCCUGCGCCAUCGCGGCCAGCGUCAACAUGGUCGCCAUCGCGCUCGUCUCGGCCUUCAACCUCUUCCGGUUGUACGGCAGCGGCGAAGGGAGGAAGUGAUCAGGGAUCACAUCAGGUCCUCUUCAGCCUUCUUCUUCGCUCCCUCUAGGAACACAACGACGUCGCUGCUGGCCUUUCUUAGGUUUUAACGUGCACCAAGUCUGGAACCAUAGCUGUGAUGAUCUUCUCCCGUUUGAGUUUUCUGCUGUUGGCAUGCUGCCUGUGAGCGUAGCAAUAAGGUCUCUGGGAUGCCCAUAUAUUUACAUGAUGUGAAGUGAUCCAAGGUGUUUGUGUACGUAGUAUGGCAAUAAACGUACGAGAAAGUGAUGUAUCAUCAGUGUCUCGCCGGCUCACCUGCAGGAUGGCAGACCUAUCGAAAUUUAUUCGGGUAGCUGUUGUUGCU